GCGCUGCUGCUCCUCGCGCUGCUGCUGUAUUGGAUGAGUAGUGAGGGCGCGCGGCGGCUCGUGCUGCUCAGCAGCAGCAGCAGGAAGAGGAGGAGGAUGGAUGGAUGCAGGGAUGCGGGAAGAAGAAGCCCCGGUGUCCGGACCUGCCCUCAGCCCCGGCUCUCCCGGUAAAGGUACACGCUGAAAGUUCUUGGACUGAUCUGAGAAGACUUUUAGAACAUCAUGGGCCCGUCGGAUCCAGCAAACGGCACGAGUGAAGUAGCCUGUGGAGGAGGAGAAGACCACAACCUGGGCAAUGACACCAUGGAUCUUCAUAAACCUGUGUUUGUGGAUGACAUCACAAAGCACCUGAGCGUUCAGAUUGCCCUUAUAACAGCUUAUACACUUAUAAUCUUGCUUGGCCUGAUGGGAAACGCCUUGGUCAUUUACAUGAUCGUUCUCUACAGAAACAUGCGCACUGUUACCAACUACUUCAUUGCCAACCUUGCUUUGGCCGACUUGAUGGUGGACACUAUGUGCUUACCCUUCACACUGGCAUACACUUUACUAGAUGAGUGGAAGUUUGGGGCAGUGAUGUGUCACAUGGUGCCUUACGCCCAAGCUCUAAGCGUCCAUGUGUCCAUACUGACCCUCACAGUCAUCGCUCUUGAACGCUACAGGUGCAUCGUGUUCCACUUGGGCCAGCGGCUCACCAGGUGUACUAGUUUUAUCAUCAUCACCCUGACUUGGGCCUUCGCAGCCAUCCUGGCUGGGCCUCUGGCUAUCUUCAGGGAAUACCGUUACGAGGAAAUCCCAUACAUUAACUUACGGAUCGCCGUGUGCUCUGAAAAGUGGCCCCAUGGCACCAAUCGGGACGCCAUCAUCUACAGCAUUUCCAUGCUUCUUCUGCAGUAUGUUUUUCCACUAGGGAUAAUAAGCUAUGCUUACGUGUGCAUCUGGGUCAAGCUGAAGAACCAUGUCAGUCCAUCCAACCGUAACGACAACAUCAGCCGACGCAAAAAGACAACCAAGAUGCUGGCCCUGGUGGUUGUGGUCUUUGCUGUGUGCUGGCUUCCCUUUCACGUGUUCCAGCUGGCCAGUGACCUUGACCUGGUCCUCAAGUUCAAAGAGUACAAGCUUCUUUACACCUUGUUUCACAUCGUGGCCAUGUGCUCCACCUUCACCAACCCGCUGCUCUAUGGCUGGAUGAACAAGAACUACAGGAACGGCUUCCUCAUGUUCUUCCGCUGUGAACAUAAACCAGACACUAUCCACCCCGAGGGCUCCUUCCGAACCCGGUCUUUGCGAGGACUGAUGGUCAACGGAUACAAUGAUGGGCAUCCCGCAACCGCAGUCUGACCCUCCAUAUUGCUCAUAAACCAAGAAGGACCCUCUAGGAGUGUAGAACCUGCUGUGAUCCUCAUAACCCUGACCUUAUUUGCUUUUCGUAUUCAGAUAUAUUCAGCAGAUUGCAUGUGUUUUAUUAUGUAUAAGGUACUACAUUUAGCUAAUAACAGUUUAUAAUCAGUGCUUGUCAGUCUAGUUAUUAUAAUGGAAGUGCAAAGAUGAAACUAAAAGAUGCGAGAGUUUCAUUGUGUUGUUCUGAUUUGAAUGGAGGUAAAUUAAAAUUUACAUGAGAAAGCUACAUGAUUAAAAUUGCUCUGAUGACAGACGAGGCCUGUUUAAUAGCUUAAUCACCCAAGUCCAGUAUUGGAGCACCCAGCCUUCUGUAGCAGAUGGAUAACAUUUAAAUGAUAAGAGGAGGCCAGAAAGUGCUUAAUUUGUUAUUUCUCUGCAUUUCAAACAGCGGCAUAACGGCAUCCAGAAAACAUUGGCUAUGUUGAUGUUUGUCAUUGUAUCUGUUACUAAAAAAGAAUUACCACUCAUAAUGCUAACUGGUGCUGGAAGUCACCUGUGUAUUAAAGAUUACAAGAUUUGAGGACAGCUUGUCAGCGACAGGAAAACCUAACCACAUGUUAUAAGAUUCAGAAUCUACCCACAAGUCAUAAUUAUACAGAUUUGUCACAUGAGGAAUGUUUAUGAUGCUAAAAACGAUUAAAGGAGAAUGAUUACAGG